GCCCGCCUCCUCAGCUCACCCGGCAGUUGGGCUGAACGUUCAUGCUGAAGCUUUUCCUCCCUGCUGGCUGAAGAGACGCUGUAAAUAAGGCGCGAGGUGUUUAGACAGAGAUGGCCGUCACCGCAGAGCUCAUCCGAGAAAAACUGAUCGCCGAAAUCGGCGCAGUGCACGUGGAAGUAGAAGACACUUCUCCUAACAGAUGUGCUGCUAGUUUUAAGGUCCUCGUAGUUUCCCCACAGUUUGAAGGAAAACCACUGUUGCAAAGGCACAGGAUGGUGAACACUUGCCUUGCUAAUGAACUGAAAGAGAUACAUGCUUUUGAGCAGAAGACCUUGACGCCAGAGCAGUGGGAAAAACAGAAACAGCAAUGACACACACACACACACACACACACACACACACACACACACACACACACACACAGUAUCCACAUUCUAAUCUGAAAAUAUUUUAUGUUAUAGUAAUCCAGUCUUUGUUUUACCUUUAUAUCUCAAAUAAACAUAAUUAAGAACAGUUUUGUUAGUUACUGAGAAACGAAGGUAAAUUGGAACAUGAUGUUUGUAUGAAUAAAGGAAUGUCUCAUGUACCUCAUCUGUUGAGUAAGAA